UUUUGCCCCCUAAAAUAUAAAUUGUUACUAAUCGCCCUCUCAACAUGGAAAAACGCCCACAUGGGGGCGAUAUCGCCCUCGUUGAGAAACACUGUGCUAGCCAAUACCUUGCUUAUCAAAGAGGGCUUUACUGCACAGCAAGUUUUAGAAGUUUGUGAAGCAUUACUCUUCAUUGUGGAGCACAAUUACUUCUGCUUCAACGGAAAGAUUUACCUGCAGAAGCAGGGGGUGCCGAUGGGCGAUAUUCUUUUGGUGUGGCAGGAUACGGAAGACUCCUUCCAGAUAUUAGAACAUCACUUAUCGAAGAUGUAUUCCUCUAUACACUUCACUUGGGAGAAGGAAGUUGGGAGAAAAAUCACUUUCUUGGACUUGCACAUUCACGAAUCCCAGGAAGGCUUGGAAUUUUCCGUUUAUCACAAGUUUGGCAAUAUUCCACCCAUAAUACCAGCCACAGCCUGUCAACCAAAGCAAUAUGUUAAUGCAGCCAUAGCUCCCUUGAUCAGACAGGCAUUCUUACUACUGUUGACACAACAUCUUAUCAAUAUUGAACUGGAGGUUGUCCGCACAGCAGUAUACGUGGCGGGAUUUAGUUCUUCCAAAUACAUCCAUGUCAAAAAGAGCAUUAUACAGUCUCUCUUCCCUGCCACCACAUUGUGCAGACCAAGGGAUUGGACAACACUCCGUCCCUCGCUCCCAUACUGUGGACGCUUUAUGACCCAGAUCUUUAGGCAGAAUGGUUUUCGUUUACCCAUUGCUCCACGACCAUGUCUGCAACUAAUUUUGUGUAAUGAUAGAGAUGUUACUUCCACCCUGGAAAAAUCUGGUGUAUGCUCCAUUCCUCUACAGAAUCCAAUAUCAGGACUAUUCACCUAUUAUAUAGGAGCAACUGUCAGAAUUCUGGCUGCUCGCGUAUCUGAACAUCAAUGUUCGGUGGCACUUGGCAAUUGCGACACUGAACUUUUCAAAUUAGUGAUACAACACCACCACAUAGCACUUUGGAAUUAGAUGGCAAUACUCAAACACUGUGAUGAAGGGAGCUUGCUAUAUAUUUGGGAGGCCCUCCUCACAAAACUGCUCUCCCUGUGCAACUCCCCUACCCUCGACUUACCGGGCAUCUGGAUUAAUUUAUACAGGCGUUUAAAAAAUCAACGAUAAUUCUACACUCAUUUCCCGCACCUACUAUGUGGUUCAAGGCACAUACACGUCGGCCUCUUCAUGUGCGCCUU